UGAAUCAUCGGUUGCCGAAGUACUUCGAAAUGAAAAGAUACGUCACGUAUACUCUGGAAACAAGAGAAAAGGACGAGGAGACGCCAUCAUUGUGGAAAACGCCCAACAGAGCAACUUGGAAAAGCUGCGGAGUCGCCCAGAUCUUUUCACAGAAAUAGAAGAAGACACCACUGUAUUUAGCAUGGCCUGUUACGCCCAUAUCGUAGACAUGUACACACGUUACACCUGGGGUCUCGACCGUAUCGAUACGCCUAGUAUAAACUGGGACAACCAUCUUAACAUUAAAGGAGACGGAAAUGGCGUCGACGUUUACCUGCUAGACACUGGCAUACGUAAAGACCAUGACGAGUUUACGAACACUGACGGAAGUAGCCGAGUGGAAGAUAUUUACUUUUCCGUAUUUGACGACGACGGCUCGGAUGGACAUGGGCAUGGCACCUACCUUGCUGGCGUCAUUGGGGGAAACACAUUUGGUAUAGCAAAAAAAGUUACAAUAAUAUCGGUCAAAGUUAUGCGUCCAGAUGGUAAAGGUGACACGAGUGACGUCCUGCGCGGCAUAGAGUGGGUGAAAAAUACCACAAGAUCACGUGGUCGAAAGUCAUUGGUGAACAUGUCGAUAGGGGGAGUUCUGUCUGAGAAAUUAAACGACGCUGUGCUUGAUUUAUUGGAUGAGGGCAUUUUACCUAUGGUGGCGGCAGGGAAUGAUUAUGGUGAAGAUGCAUGUGGCUAUUCUCCAGCUUCUGCUUCCGGUGUGAUGACAGUUGGUGCCUCAGACCCUUAUGACGACGUCGGUUACUUUUCCAAUACUGGCUCCUGUGUGUCAAUCUAUGCCCCCGGAAUGUGGGUGGAGAGCGCUUGGCCCACCUCGACCUCUGACACCAUGACCAUCAGUGGAACUUCCGUCGCUACUGCGCAUGUCACUGGUGCUGUUGCCGCAUAUCUGUCAACUCUGCCUGUUGCUCAGAUGACAGCAGAAAUUGUCGCAGAAACCAGAUCAAAAUUUAUAGCAAAAGCAUCGCCUGUUCUCGGCACCAAGAACCUCCCAUUGUUGCAGGUGGUCACAUGUUGAAUAAGGAAAUAAUAAACGCUAUAUAAUCUCUACUGCAAUUCCGGUUAUGGAAGUGGAAACAACCAUGAAGGCUUGAAGAAAGACAGUCUUUUGUAGAUUUAUCCAACAACUUCAGUGACAUGAACUGAAAUAAGAUUUGGUUUUGAAGCAUUGGGAAUUGUAAUAAAAAUCUGCUCAAAGAUGACUGUGCACUUUUUUAAAUAGUGCAACGAAUUCAAGUCGAUAACAAGAAGCGUGAAUGUAUUCUCAAAGACUGUGAAUUUGAAUAGAUACAUGUACCACCUACCAGGUCGUGGUUACACCUGACUCACGUAGAUCUAAUCUACGUCCAUCUUCAGAUGGCGUUGGCAGUUCUUGGUGCUAUGAGGUCGGUGGCAGCACAGCAUUGAGUAAAAUGUCCAGCAAUAUAAGGAUGACUGAAGUGAUGCUGUGCAGACACCUGAAUUGCAUUUUACUAAUAGUUGUUGACCUUGAACAGUAUUGAUUUAACUAAACUGAACGAGACCACGGACUACAACGGCCUACCGUAUACUGACCUCGAAGCGACGACAAUCACAUUCUAAGUUUUGGCCGUGCCAAACUUUUAUAUCAGAGAAUCCGGUUAAAACUCUAGAGAAAGAGAGAUUUAAGGUCAUAUGUCGUAUGGCCUUAAUAAUCUUUUGAGAAACGUAGUAAGAGGUAACUACCUCUUU